AUGAAACCCUCAACCUCCAAGUCUGCUUCGUCUGCCUUAAAAGACGCUCCGGACGACAUUUCCGAGGAAGACCUGAAGCUGAUUCGCCACCUCACGUGGCUCUAUGGCGGAUAUCAAAUGCGUUCUCGCAACACUCGUAAGCCCUACGAUGAAAACAAAAAUUUUCAACAUCAUCACACCAAUACCGCUACUAAGAAUGGUAGUAGUGCACUUAAUUCUUCUAAAAGUUCUGUUGUAAGGAGUAAAAACUUAAAUAGACGUAAUCGUACAAGUAAUUCUAGUAAUACUAGGGAUAAUAAUAAUAGCAGUGUAACGAGUGUAGAAGAGGGGAUAGGAGAUAGGAUGAGAACGUUGAGAAGUAGUUUGAAUAGACGUUUACGUCAUGAUUAUGAAAUUGAUGUGAAUGAUCACAGGAAACCAUCCUGGCCCGAUAACUUUGCCUUGUCAGACAAGGUUGACUAUUUCAUCUCAAAUAAGAUUGCCGACACCACCGAAUUCCGCAACAAGGAGCCAAACACUCUCUCAAUUUGCGGUCAGUUUGCUCUCCAAAACCAUGAAGCCAUGGUUGCAGAUACUGACCGGGUCCAUUAUUACAGAGCGGCAAUCUUCUGGACCGGCCACUCCACCGUUUCUGAUAAUACUAUGGAUAACACUGUAAAAAAUAUCACUAGUAAACACUUAAUUAGCACUGUUGACUUGGUGAAUACUGAGGGAAGUACAACUACUAGUACCACCAGUGAUGAUAAUUCACAAAUUGACGAUAAUGAAACUGUAUUUGUGGACACCUCUUACGAAUCGCUGGACCUAAACUCAUUCACUACCACUACCAACAGUAGUGAUAUUACUAAUACAGUAGAGAAUACGGGCAAAUCCUUAGAAAGUGAUGUCUCAAAUUUAAACUUAAUUCACACUAAUAAUAAUAACCGGAAAGAGUAUUAUUGUAGUGGCAAGAGAAUACUUGAGAUAGGAACAGGUCCGAUGUGUGUGUUGGCGAUGAACGCAUUGAAGGCUGGUGCUAGGUACGUGGAUGCUUUGGAGGUCUCCGUCCAUGCGUCUAGGCUUGCGGGGAAGCUAAUGGCUGCUUAUGGUUUCGACAAUGUUAUUAGAGUUUUUAAUACGCAUUCAAAGCUGUUUGUCUUUGACCAGAACGAGUACUUUGGUGAAGAUUGCAGGUUUGGUGAGGACCUUUUAUUACCCUCAACUCCACCUUAUGACAUGAUAAUUAGUGAGAUUUUAGGUGACUUUGCUAGUCAGGAAGGAGUUGCCGAUGUGUUUCUAGACCUUCAACGGAGAAUUCUCUUUGAGAAUAAAAGGUUUAUUAACUCCGUUAAGAGUAUCCCAUCGAAAGUUUCAACUCUUUUCGUCCCAUCUUUCUUUCCCGACUCCAGCAACAUCAUUAACAAGUCAAGUUCAGACUCUGAAAUGACCAUCUUCUCACCCAGUAAAAAGAUGCUCCAGUCAGUGGGAAUGAGAAUUGACAAUUUACCAGCUUGUGACGAAUGGUUACCCUUGGAACACUUAAAUUUAGAGGAAUGGAUGCUACCUCAAAUGUGUCAACAUUAUCUCAACCUCUUCACAGUCUCCACCUAUGGUAAUUUGGCUGGACUUUUAGUUGGAAUUGAUGUUGAAAUUAGGCCUGGGGAACACUUUGGUACUCGCUACGGCCAAUGUGAGUCCUGGUACACUAAUUUCCUCUUACUUGAUAAGGAAUACACUGUCUUCAAGGGCGAUCUUGUCCUUGUUAACAGUAUUGCAAACUUAACUAAUUACACAAAGGCCAACUGUGAUAAUGGUAAAAUUCAGGUCUCAAGACCUUCAUAUAGCUUUAAAAUUUAUAUUCUUUCACCAAUUAACAUUUUGUGCAGCUCUACCAAUACUUUGGAUAAUUCCACUGAUAUUUCCUCAUUUGAUUUACACGAAGAAUCAAUUUAUAAUUUGGACACACAUUUUGCCCACUCUGUUGAUACUAAUAACUCUGUAGAAAGUGUCGUUACCGGUUUAAGCUUUGAAAAUACUUAUGAAAAUAAUACUUUUAAUAGCAAUAAUAAUACAAUGAGUGUGAAGCUUAUCUGCAACGAAUUGAAGAGAAUAAGUUAUGAAAUUAAUGAUUGUACUACUGUUUGUUCGAAGAAACUGAACGAGAAUCAGGAGUUUUCAACCACGGCUUGCACCCUUCCUGAGGAUAUUCUGAAGGAGCAUGAGUUUGUCAGAGUGAGGGGCGAAGUUUACAGGGUUAUGGACACUCCUCCAACCAUCCACAUCAACUAUCUCGAACAGACUUCAACCAUAUACUAUGACACUCCCUGUUCCAAAAGGAAGAUGCAUACAGAUCCUCCUAAACGUUACCAAAAAAUCAAGCUAAAACCCAAAAUUUAA